UUUAUUCUGAAUUCAGUUCGUUUUUUAAGUUGAACGAAGGCACUAUCCGUUUUUUGUGUGCUAUUAUUUCGAGUUUGCGUGUAAAGUAAAUAAUAUAAUUUUUUUUUUGUUUGCAAAAAUGCCAAAUGUACCAUUAAUUACCCAAAAUAAUGGAACCAAGAUACCGGCUUUGGGCUUGGGAACAUACACUUCUUUGGGUGGGGACUGUGAACGUGCUGUUAGAGACGCCAUAGACGCUGGAUAUCGUCAUAUCGACACAGCAUAUUUCUAUGAAAAUGAAGAAGAGGUUGGAAGAGCCGUGCGUGAUAAAAUCGCAGAAGGUGUUAUCAAAAGAGAAGAUAUCUACAUUGUAACAAAGCUUUGGUGCCACUUUCAUGAUCCAGAGAAAGUAGAAUACGCUUGCCGAAAAUCACUUAAAAACUUUGGAUUAGACUAUGUAGAUUUAUACCUAAUGCAUUGGCCAUAUGGUUAUGUUCACAGGGGUGACAAUGAAAUGUUUCCAACCAAAGCUAAUGGUGAUGUUGAAUUGAGCGAUGUAGAUUAUGUUGAUACUUGGAAAGCAAUGGAAAAGCUUGUUGAUUUGGGUUUGACCAAAAGCAUUGGAGUUUCAAACUUCAAUUCGGAACAAUUGAAAAGGCUUUUAUCGAACUGCAGUAUUAAACCAAUCCACAAUCAGAUUGAAUGCCAUCCAGCAUUGAACCAAAAGAAACUCAUUGCCCUCUGUAAGGAGCUUGAUAUUAUUGUUACCGCAUAUUGCCCUCUGGGAAGGCCAGAUCCGGCGAAAAAAACUCCUGGAUUUUUAUUUGAUCCCAAAGUUAAAGAAAUUGGCGAUAAGUAUAAGAAAUCACCAGCUCAAGUGGUAUUAAGAUAUUUGAUCGAAAUUGGAGUUGUACCUAUUCCAAAAACUGUUACCAAAUCUCGUCUUGCUGAAAAUCUUGAUGUAUUUGAUAUUAAAUUAUCUGCAGAUGAUCAUAAGUUUUUGGAUACAUUUAAUACCGGCGAGCGUGUUAUUCCAAUGGAUCAUGCAAUUAAAAGUAUACAUUAUCCUUUUAAUAUUGAAUAUUAAUUGUGUCAUAUAACUUGAUGAGCUUUGUUGAUUGUUGCCAAAUAUAAAUUUGCUUUUUUUUUGUUAUGAAGUUAAUACACAAAAUAAUAAAAUAAAACUUGUUAAAAUUAAUAAAAGGAUCUAUUAGAAAAAUGCAUGUAUUGAUGUUAAUUUAAAACUUAUCAUUAAAAUUUACAAAAAAAAUGUUCGUUUUGGUGCAGAAAGAAGAUAUAUUAUUUUUAAAUAAAAUAAAAAUGCAAAUGAAAAA